AAGAAAUUGUCUAUACUUGAAUAUUUGGAUACCGAAAGAAUACUUUGCCAAGAGGGAUAACUCUACCAAUAUAAAAAGACAUCAUUACGUUAUAAACGACGAAUAUUAAAAACAAAGAAACGAAUCAUUAGCAGUGAUGGUGUAUUUUCACGGCGGAAAUUUUUUACAUGGCUCUAGUUCACAAAUUAUAUACGACGGUCGAUUUCUGGCACAUAGAGGAGAUGUCAUUGUUGUAACAGCUAAUUACAGACUGGGGCCCUUGGAUAUCUUGUGCAAGGAGAAGGUGAUGAUGCAGCUGUUGGUAACUACGGGGCUUGGGACAUCAUUAUGGCUCUGAAGUGGGUCCAGCGUAAUAUUCAGUAUUUUGGAGGAAAUCCAAACAAGGUAACAGCUUGCGGACAAAGUGCCGGAGCUGAAGUCAUUGGUAUUUUAUUGACCACGUCAUAUGGUGAUGGGCUCUUUCACCAAGUCAUAAUGGAGAGCAAUCCUCUAUCUGUUCCAUAUAGGAAUAUGUCUUCUGCAAAAGAAUUUGGAUCACAAUUCGCUAUAAAAGCAGGUUGUAAUCCUCAUGAUAUGAAAUGUCUUCGAAAUACAAAUGUUUCGAAAAUAGUAAAGGCCUCUGUUGGAGUGCCGUUCGAUUUAUUCAGCUCAGAAAGUAUACUACUGCAAGCUCAACAAUGGAGUCCUGUCAUUGACGGCAACUUGUUGUAUGAAAAUCCAAUAAGUAUAUUUCAGCGGGGCGAUUUCCGAAAGGUACCCAUGAUUAUAGGAGGAAAUACUCAUGAUGGAUUUCAAUAUGUCAAACUUAUAUUCUCAAGCAAGGUUUCGCAGUUUGUUUAUCAAUUGGCUAUUGAUGCGAUACUUCGCGAAAGAGCAAAUGCAUUGUUGGAUAUAUACCCACCUAAUUGCUGCGACAACACAAAUGAAGUGAAUGACAUAAUAGCGGAUUAUGUGUUUCAAUGUCCUGCAAGAUUGUUCUCCCAUGUUGCGAGUAAAGAUUCUUGGUUCUACGUGUAUAAUGGAACAUUACCCUUCAAGUCAGUGUGGGCAUUCGAAGAAUGUCGUGAUAGAGCUUGCCACGGGGCGGAAAUCGCCUCAGUAUUUGACCCAUCGCCGAUGAUGCCAGAUUAUAAUGAACCAGAAUUGCAAUAUAAACUUGCCCAUCGUGUACAAUACUAUUGGAGUAAUAUGGCUAAGCAUGGGAAUCCUAACGGAAAACAUGGAGAGAAUGAAGCUGUAGUGAAGGAAUAUGACAUAAUAAACUGGGACAGAUUUCAAGAAGACGAUGAACCAGAUUACAAAUCCAUUCUAUUUACAGAUCGAGGAGAAAGAAUUGAAACAAAUUCAAUGAAAAGUAAAUGCAACGUCUGGGAUGAAUUGAAUAUAUACGCCAUGUUAUGAUAUAUACAAAUAUACAUAUAUUAUUCGUUGAAUUUAUACGAUAGAAUGUUUUAUAUAUAUGUUGUCAUAUUGAUUAAAUAUAUUUUGACUCAACUUUACUCGCAUAUAAACAAGAUAUUCUUUGUUAUCUUUUAGUAUAUAUAUAUAUUAAAUCAAGUACUCAAAUACAGA